CGCCUCGCGGCCGUUGGGAGGGGGACGGACACAGCUUGCGACACAGCCUCGCUCGACUCGCCGCCCAGUGCGGACCGAGAGCCGACGCCGCCUUGACCGCUGCUAGCUGCAGCCAUGGACUCGCUCAAGGGCAAAGUCGUCGUGUUGACAGGCGCCAGUUCGGGCAUUGGAGCCGGCGCGGCAGUGUACCUGGCCAAGCAAGGCUGCCGACUCGUCCUCAACGGCAGGAACGAGGCGAACCUCUCCAAAGUCCGGUCGGAGUGCGUCGCCGCUGGCUUGAAGGAGAACGAGGUCGUCAGCGUCAUCGGCUCGGUCGAGGACACCGAAGACUGCAAGCGGAUUGUCAAAACGGCAUCGGAGAGUUUCGGACGCAUUGACGUUCUGGUCAACAACGCUGCCAUCGAGAUUGUGGGGACGACGGACUCGAUGCCCGUGGAGGAAUUCGACCGGCAGUUCCACGUCAACGUCCGUUCCGUCUUCCAGCUGACGAAGUUUGCCCUGCCCCACUUGGAGGCCUCCAAGGGAAACGUUGUCAAUGUUUCCAGUGUCGCAGCCACCACGCCCAUUCGGGGCACGCUGGCGUACGGCACGAGCAAGGCGGCCGUGGACCACCUGAGCCGCAACAUGGCGGUGGAGCUCGGCCCCAGAGGCGUGCGCGUCAACUGCGUCAACCCGGGAGUCAUCGUCACCGAGUUCCAGCGCCGGGCCGGCAUGCCGCAAGCCACCUACGACCAG